UAAUCAAUAUUUUACAACGCGACAGCGCGACUGCCAAGAUAACGACGAAUAAUCACAAAAAUCACGACAAUGCUGAUUAGAACUUCAGGAAUUCGAGUUAAUGUUUUUAUUGAGAAAAUCAUUUAGGAACAGCUUCCAUCGUUUUGUACAUCGUUGUAGUACAGGUACUUGGAACCGUGUUCAGUUAAUUCCCGCAUUAGUUAUUGACUAGACACCGUCGAUAAAACAACAUUUAACUCGAAAACACCUACCACCCAUUCAACACUCAAUGCAUUAGAACACUGAACGAUGUGGUCCGAUACAUUUCUCAUCGUAUUUAUUUCAAUUUGUACGGCUCUAUUAGGAGAAGGAUUAACAUGGUUAUUAGUAUAUCGAACAGAAAAAUAUCAAAAGCUGAAAGUAGAAAUUGAAAAGUCUAGUAAAAAACUUGAAAAACGUAAAGAAGCUCAUGGAGACUCUGUCGACAAACAACAAAAGAAAAAGAUUGAACGUGUUGAGGAAAAACUUAAAAUUAACAAUCGUGAUUUAUCAAUGGUAAAAAUGAAGUCCAUGUUUGCCAUUGGUUUUGCAUUUACAGCACUAUUAAGCAUGUUCAAUAGCAUAUUUGACGGACGUGUUGUAGCAAGAUUACCUUUUACACCUAUUCCCUGGGUUCAGGGAUUAUCUCACAGAAAUUUGCCAGGUGAUAAUUACACAGAAUGUUCAUUUAUUUUCCUGUAUAUAUUGUGUACCAUGUCAAUACGUCAAAAUAUUCAAAAACUAUUAGGAUUUGCUCCAUCAAGAAUGGCUAACAAACAAAGCGGUGGCCUAUUUGGACCUCAACCUCAACAAUUUAAAUAAAUCUAAUUUAACAUAAAAAUUAGUAUUAUUAUAAAAGACCAAUUCAUAUAUAUUUUUUUUUUUUUUUGUAACACAAAAAAAAUAAUGAAAUUAUAUUUAUACUUUUAUAAGUUUUUGUAAGAUGUUAUAUGAUAUUAUUAAGUAAAUAAUAAUGUGUUAUUUCAUAAUGAACAUUUAAAUAUCAAAAAUUAAAAUAUGAACAUGCAAUAUUUACCAUAAUUUAUUCAUCAAUAAAUUUAAAUGUUAUGAA